GACCCCGCUUCAACACCCCGCAUAGCCGCCCUCCUCCUCCACCCCGCCAUCGAAGCGGCCCUACACCUCCUCAACGACGACCUCCCCAGCGCGCACUUCUUGGUGCGCCACGCGCAGGCCGCGCCCGCGUUCGAAUCUAUGCUGUUGCAUGGCCUGCUGCAUCGACUUGAAGGCGACAUGGCGAACGCGCGCGCGUGGUAUGCCGAUGUUGGCGCGGGCGGGGAUAAAGAGAACCCUGUACAAGGGGACUCGGAGGGGGCGAGGCUGCUGCGGUAUGUGUGGAGGGUAGAAGGCGAAGGGGAAGAGGAGAGGGAAGACGAGCCGUGGAUGCGGUUCCUGUCGCGGGUGGAGCAGGUGCGAGGAGCAAAGGGCGAGGCAGCCGAGGCGGAGCGGCGAGCGCUGGCGCAGACGGGCAAAGCGGAGCUCAAGCGCGUCCUGCUGUGGUGCGAGGCCAAGUUCGGCACGGCUGCGCGGCUGGACGCCAGCGACGCGUGGGUGCGGCCGGGCGACAAGGUCCAGCAGACGGGCAACGACAUGGUGACGGGCGGCAAGGGGUUUCGCAAAUUCUGA